AAGAGUGUCGGAUUCACGAGUGGGGGCAGGGCACUAAACACAGCCCUGCCAAGCUGUGGCUGAGCGAAGUGAAUGACGUCUCUGCCUUUGCAGCCGCCGACGCAGUGUUUGGUUUCCAUUUUCACAGCCGAGUUUCGGGGUGACCAACAACAUGGAACCGGAGAUUGAGGACAAAACGUUGGAAUUAAUGAACACAUCAGUCAUGGAGUCUCAGAACCACGUAGACGACCUCUCGCCAAAGAAGACAGUUCUCACCAAGCUUAGUAACGGUCCUGUGAUGACGGGCUCUCGUAAGCGCCCGUCGGAGGGGAACAACGACAAGGAGAAGGAGCACUGCAUCUCCCUGUUUGACCAGUGGUCUGAGACUGACCAAGUUGAGUUUGUAGAACACCUCAUCUCCCGAAUGUGCCACUACCAACACGGCCACAUCAACUCCUACCUCAAACCCAUGCUCCAACGAGACUUCAUCACAGCACUGCCAGCCCAGGGUCUGGACCACAUAGCAGAGAACAUCCUGUCGUUCCUGGAUGCGCAGUCUCUAUGCUCCGCGGAGCUGGUGUGUAAGGAGUGGCAGAGGGUGAUCUCAGAGGGCAUGCUCUGGAAGAAACUCAUAGAACGCAUGGUCCGCACAGACCCCCUCUGGAAAGGCCUGUCCGAGAGGCACCAGUGGGAGAAGUAUCUGUUCAAGAACCGAACGACAGAGGUCCCGCCCAACUCCUACUACCACUCCCUGUACCCCAAGAUCAUCCAGGACAUAGAGACUAUCGAGGCUAACUGGCGGUGUGGCAGACACAACCUGCAGAGGAUCCAGUGUCGGUCAGAGAACAGUAAAGGAGUCUACUGCCUCCAGUACGACGACGAUAAAAUCAUCAGCGGCCUGAGAGACAACUCCAUAAAGAUCUGGGACAAGCAGUCUCUGGAGUGUCUGAAGAUCCUGACAGGUCAUACAGGGUCAGUGUUGUGUCUGCAGUAUGAUGAGAGAGUCAUAGUCACUGGUUCCUCCGACUCCACUGUCAGGGUGUGGGACGUGACGUCAGGUGAGGUAUUGAACACCCUGAUCCAUCACAACGAGGCGGUGCUCCACCUGCGCUUCUGCAACGGUCUGAUGGUGACGUGUUCCAAGGACCGCUCCAUCGCCGUGUGGGACAUGGCCUCGCCCACCGACAUCAGCCUCCGGCGGGUCCUCGUGGGUCACCGUGCCGCCGUCAACGUGGUUGAUUUUGACGACAAAUACAUUGUGUCGGCUUCGGGGGACCGCACCAUCAAGGUGUGGAGCACCAGUACGUGUGAGUUUGUGCGCACGCUAAACGGACACAAGCGAGGCAUCGCCUGUCUGCAGUACAGAGACAGACUGGUGGUCAGUGGCUCCUCGGACAACACCAUACGGUUAUGGGAUAUUGAGUGUGGAGCGUGUUUGCGAGUGUUGGAAGGUCAUGAGGAACUAGUCCGCUGCAUUCGCUUUGACAACAAGAGGAUUGUCAGUGGUGCCUAUGACGGUAAGAUCAAGGUGUGGGACCUGCAAGCUGCCCUGGACCCACGAGCCCCAGCCAGCACCUUGUGUCUGCGCACACUGGUGGAGCACUCGGGCCGCGUGUUCCGGCUGCAGUUUGACGAGUUCCAGAUCAUCAGCAGUUCCCAUGAUGACACCAUCCUCAUCUGGGACUUCCUGAACGUGUCGACCAAUGGACAGUCAGAGGGCCGGUCCCCCUCACGCACCUACACCUAUAUCUCCAGAUAGCAGGUAACGCACGCACGCACGCACACAACUCUGGCUUGGAGUUUCUGACCCGUCUCUGUCCUUCAGGUGGCGCCAUCCACUGCAGCGAGUCUUGGAGGAGCUGAGAUCUGAUUGGCUGAUGGAGGGUGUGUUGCAGAGAGGAGCUCAACUCGUCUUCUUCCUCAUCCUCCUGUCCAUAUACCCAUUCUGACAAGGACUUAGGUCUCCCACCACACCCCUGAAACACACACACACACUGCAACUUUUCCUGCAGUUGAACACACACCCACACAUUCAUAUUAAAUCACUAACUUAUGUUCUCCAGUCAACACUAACCCACCACAGUAAAACAUGUUUUUACAUAUCUUACACCAGACAUGACCUAAUCACUUACCUUAAGAAGUCCUACCAUAAGCUCUAGUUCUUCAGUUCUCACCCCCAACCCCACCUAGACACACGUGCUCGUAUGGACGGAGAAUGACCUUGGCGCUGCAGUGUGGGAGAGAGAGACUUUUAUCUCGGCUCUGAGUGAGGAAGGAUGAGCGAUGGAGUUAGUUAAUGAGUGAAGAAUGAAGACUCCACUCCAUCUAUCCUGGUUCCCACUCUUCUCCCUGGGAAGAACACUUGUUCGGAACGCGGAACACACACGUGUGUGUGUGUGUGUGUGUGAACCUGUAAAAUGCGGCAUAGACUAAUAGAAAGACUGGCAGUCUUGCUCCGUCACCAUGGAAAUGGAUGUGCAUGUUGAGGUUGUCGGGAUACGUCGUCCCGGGCGACACCUAUGCUCUUUCCUUUUACGGCUGUUUUACUUUCUGAAUGUUUUUUUUAUUCUUUUGUUUUUAUAUUUUAUUUGACAAAUCAUUUUGUUCUUAGUAAAAUUAUACUAAGCAUUGUAGUUAUUUUUCUGUCUCUUAUUCUCAUUAUCUUUCUCAUUCACUCUUCUCAGUCGUUUCCGCUCACCAUCUCUCUAUCCAUCCAUGCUCGCUUUAGUUAUGAGAGAAGCUGGAACUCUGAAUGCAAUUUAGCUGUCCUCUUGUCAAAAUUGUUCUAUAUUAAAAUGAUUUUUUUAAAGAAAAUGAUAUUGUGAAUAAAGUACUUGACAGUGA